AUGUCUGUGGAGGAUCCAUUCUCUGUAGUAAGAGGGGAGGUACAGAAGUCACUAAAUACCAGCCGUGGUCUGUAUCAGCGCUGGUGUGAGCUCCUACAGGAAAGUAAUGUGACCAGCGCUGAAGAGUUUGAUUGGACAACCAAUGAGCUCAGAAAUUCCCUGAGGAGCAUAGAAUGGGAUCUGGAAGAUUUAGAAGAGACCAUAAGCAUCGUUGAAGCAAACCCAAAAAAGUUUAAAAUUUUGGAAGCUGAGCUGACCGAAAGAAAGAACUUUGUGGAGAAGACGAGAAGUUCACUUAAGGAAAUGAGGGAUCACAUCUCCAGCCCCCGAGCUCAGGCUUUCACAGAGAAAAAGAACCGAGAGGCGCUGGGUGUCUCUCGGCCGAUGGCUUCAGAUCACUUUUCUCGCCUUGAUGAUGAGAUGAUAUCAGGGAACUCUCGUUACGUAGAGGACCAGCAAGCACAACAACAGCUGAUCAUAGAUGAGCAGGACGCAGAGCUGGAGCUGGUAUCAGGCAGUAUUCGAGUGUUGAAGGACAUGUCAGGACGUAUCGGAGGUGAACUGGAUGAGCAGGCUGUUAUGCUUGAUGAUUUUUCCCAUGAGAUGGACAACACACAGACUCGCAUGGACUCUGUGCUGAAGAGAUUGGCCAAAGUAUCCCAUAUGACCAGUGACCGGCGGCAGUGGUGUGCGAUCAUCGUUUUGGUGGUUGCUCUCGUUAUUUUACUGAUUGUGCUGUUGUCACAUAAAUCCUAG